UUUGGCUUUCCUUGGAAUAGAUCGCUACGAUAUAUGGCAACAGACGUUUCCUCGAGUGGAUUUGCAAAAAUCUUAAAACAAAAAUGGCAUACCGAUUUGCUACUCAAGGCAGGAGACAGUAAUGGCUUUGCAGCUAUCUCAGCCCACAAACUCGUUAAUGCGGCAAGAUCUGAGGUAUUCAAGAAGAUGCUGGAAUCAAAAGCGACGAAAGCUUCAUCCGACCAAACGUUAUUUUUCUCAGAGAUGAGACACGAAGAGUUAGAGACUCUAGUUAAGUUCAUGUACAACGAUCACGGAUUAGUUUCUUCUUCAAAACUAAAGAAACAUGUUCGGUCGCUUUAUCUAGCAGCGCAAAGAUACGAGAUUCCUCAUUUAAGGGACUUGUGCAGAAACGAACUUAUAUCGUCUCUCAGUUCUUCCAAUGCACUUGACGAGCUCUCGCAGGUUCCUUUGGACAAACCUCUCACCGAUGCUGUUUUGAGUUUUAUCGCAAGGAAUAUAAAUACAUUUUUGGAUUCUUGUGAGUUCAAGAUGUUUGUUGCCAGAAACCCAAAUCUUGCUGUAGAGAUAACUAAGGCUUUUCUGAAUCCGGUUAUGAUCCCAUCCCAGUCGAAUAUGAGUCUGAUGAUGAUUAUGAUGAUGAUGAUGACGAUGACUACUAAGAUUAGGUAAAAUAACUGCCUAGUGAGGAUUCCUUAAAAUGUUUUCUAUAUUUUUUAUUUCCUAUAAUAAUAGUAAAGGUAGCUAAAACGUUUGGUAAGUUGUAACAAUCUUUUAACCAAGCGCUCGUAGCUUGGUGGUAAAGGAGGUACAGUUGUAUUGCCCGCCAUCCGGGUUCGAGUCUUGGCCACAACAGAUUUAACAUCCCUUCCGUUGGGGCGCUGGACCCCUUUCGGAGGGAUAGUUGGAAAUGUGGCUGCCCAGAUACCAGAAUUAUAAAAAAAAAAAAAAAAAGUAAGUUUGCAUGCAUGUCUUCAGAUUCCCAAUCACACAAGAAAACUUGCUUUUGGUAUUAAAUUACCUAGAUAAAUGUAUGCAAACUUCUAUUAACGCAUAUAUACCACUUAAAGGACUAUAAUAAAUUAAAAAGUUAUCUAAUAAUUUAGAAAGAAUGAAAGUAAAGAGUUUAAUAAGUCAGUACCAGAAGUUCUAUCAGAUGUUUUCUGGCAAUGGACAAAAGAUAUGACACAGAGGAUGGUAAGAACAAAUGCAACCGAAAACUUAUUGGUGAUAUGAUAGGGUCUUCUUUUUGCUUCAUAUUCUUCUUUACUGAGGCUGAUCAGAUUUUAUACAUAACAUAAACAUUCAUAAAAUAAUAUCUUUUUGGUCAAAGAUUAAAGGGGGUUAUUGGUAGAAGAAUUCAAGAGGAGUUAUUAAAUUUUGAGAUUUUAUUGUUAUUGGUUUAUGGAUUUUUAAAAUCUAAUUAGAAUCCAUUGUUAUUGGGAUGAUGACUUUUAAAUUCCACUCAAAAUCUUUUGUUAUUGGAAAAGUUUAGUUUUCAUUGAUUUUAAGAUUCUAUUAAAAUCUAUUGUUAUUGGGACGUAAAUUUUCUUUGUUUUUACUCAUAAGACUAAACUUUGAGAAUAUCAUCUAUACCCAUAAGAUUUUUGAAAUCUAUGCAAUAAAAUACACUCGCAUACAAAAACACACAAAAUUGAACAAUGAAAUAAUACAAAUCACAAUUUUAACAUAAAAGUAGAAAACAAAUAUUAAAAAUUUAAUAUAAGUAAUAAAUAAUUAAAAUAGUUUUAAGAAGUAUUUUCGAAAUUCAAAAAGAAUUAAAAAAAU